AUGACUUCUAAAACACCGAUUGUACUCAACAGAGCGAGUGCAACAGGCAAAAAAGAUACCAAUGUGUCGUUCAAGAGAGCUUUGACACGGGAUAUUGUAGCCACAGUGGACGACUCCUCCGACUCGAUCUGGUACACGCAGACCAUCGCCAUCUUCACGGCCAUACUAGGCAUUCCCAUCAGCCAAGCCGCCGACCUUUGGGGCCGUAAGAUAUUCCUUGUGAUAUUAACCGCCUUCGGCUUUAUCGGUUCUCUCAUCAUAGCCAGUGCUAAUUCUCCAUGCUUGGCAAUAACUGGUUUUGCAGUCACAGGUAUAUCUUAUGGCACUCAGCCUCUGCUCCAUGCGAUCGCGUCGGAGAUCUUUGCAAGGAAGUAUCGUCCUUGGGGGCAAUGUAGCGUAAAUGUUGCUGCUUCUCUGGGGGCGAUCAUGGGGUUGUUAGUUGGUGGCGCAGUCACCAGAAAUGAGAAUCAUGUUGGGUUUCGUUCGUAUUGGUAUAUGGUAGCUGGCAUGUAUUCCUUCGCCACGGUAUCAGUGCAGCUACUAUACUCACCUCCUCCAAGAGCAUUGCAGCUUGUUUGCAGCUUCCAUGAGAAGUUCCAUCGCUUGGACUGGCCUGGAUAUGGCUUGUUGACACCUGCUCUCGUACUCUUUUGCAUGUCCCUCGCGUGGAUUCAGAAUCCCUACUCUUGGACUGAUACGCAUGUCUCCGUUACAUUCAUCAUCGGUGUCUGUAUUGUCGUGAUUGGUAGUCUAUGA